AUGGAGAUUAUGUGUUUACGGGUCCUGCUGCUGAUAGGGACAGCCGUCUCUGGAGUGUCCGGAGGCUCCUUCCUGAUCGAGUCCAACUGUACCCUGUGUCAGACCAUUCCGGUUCCAACGGCGUCGGACUUUGCCGUUAUGUUGACUGACCUGUUUGAUUCGACUAUUUACGACAGUCGAGUUUUCCCUCGCUUGAUGCAAAAUGAGACAAUAUUUGUUGACGUCACUUUCCAGUUGUAUAAAAUUACCGAUCUGGACGAGGUAUCCGGCGUGAUGAACUUAAUGGCAAAAGUUACAGUUAUCUGGAGGGACGAAUAUCUAACCGCAAAGUAUAUUCCCGGCCAUCACAAACCUUACGAGAUGGACUCUCUACAGACAGAUGUCUGGGUCCCGCCCGUCACUAUAUUUAAUUCUGUAAAGGGACUAAAACCUAUUUUUGACAAGAACUAUCACGUGAAAACCAUUCUGGCCGCAGCCAAGAAUUACUGGCGAGCCGGAGUGACCACCGCGACAGGAUGUUCGGUCGACGCUACGUACUAUCCAUUCGACAGCCAGGCUUGUGAACUUGUUCUGACCAUGUGGGAUUACACAGCAGAGGAGGUCAUGUUCGACAAUUCGGCCACAGAACUGGACACUGAAUACUACGAUGAAAACGAGGAAUGGGAUCUCGAAAGUUCAACUGUUACAACUUACAACUCGUCUAACAAACCGUUCAGGAGGUAUAUUCUGAAUUUGAAAAGAAGACCAGUGUUUUUCAUUGUGAACAUGAUCAGUCCACUCGUACUAGUCGGGCUCCUUAACAGCCUCGUUUUCGUAUUACCUGCAGAUGCUGGAGAAAGAAUAGGCUUUGCUGUUAAUGUAUUUCUAACCUUUGCCGUGUUUUUGACCAUAUUAGCUGAAAACUUGCCAAAGACAUCCGCACCGCUAGCUAUGUUGAGCUAUUAUCUAUCAUCUAUGUUAGCCAUGAGCAGCAUGUCAACUCUUGUUACCAUAUUUACCCUCCGCAUUCACGACAAGGACGAAGAAUCCACCGUCCCAUUCUACGUCGCUGCAUUAGUGGCCACAAUGACUUUUCGUAUAUGUAGAGAAAAGUACAAAAACCCAGAGAAGCCCGAACCUAAGGCCCCACCACCGCGACCAAAGCCGGUGACCACACCAGGACCAGAAGACAAAAGUCGUCCACCCUCGAGCAUGGCGCCUAGCGCCGGUCCAAGUCGACUGGGAAUGGAUGCCGCAGCGGACCCUCUAGAUGAGCUGAAGAAGCCACCGCCCCAGCCGACGCAGGCAGUCGUCGUGGAUGAUGAGAGCAGUGAUGAAGAGGAAGAUCAGCAACCGGAAAUUAGAUAUGGUGUUACGUGGAAAACCGUGGCACAGACUUUUGACAAAUUCUUCUUCGUUGCAUUUAGUAUUGGUAGUAUGGCACUUUCAAGCGUGUUUCUUGUUCCGCUCUUCUCCAGAGCAUGA